GGGAAAACAUAAUAGCGAAGUAUAAAGGCACACCCGCUUUACGAUCGUAGGCCACUUUUGAAGCCGUUGGCGAAAGGAGCCCUUGUGUAGUGCACCGAUAAUCCUGUUAUAACAUUCUUGGUAAGGGCCUUUGUUGUAAUCAACCAUGCCACCUCGUAAGAAAGCGCGACCGGCGGAACGCGCAGCGGAGAGGGCUGUAAAGAUAGAGGAGAAGGACCUUUCCCUAUCAACGUCUCAUGCCGGAACUCACAUCUAUGAUCUUGGAGACUGCCUACAUGUCGUGGCCAAGUAUCUUCCCCUCAACAGUUGCUUGCGGAGUCGGCUUGUCAGCACGACGUUUGCCGACGCCUUCGGCUGGGCCGUCCAGGAGCUGAUGCAGGUGGUGGCCUCCGACCCAGAUGCCGUACUGCGCGGCCUGGCCCGCUGCGGCUCCGUGUACCCCGCCGCCAACUCGCUCAUGCUGGUGCUGGACGGCUACGAGCACAUGCCCGGCAUGCAGGCGGUGGUGGAGCAGCUAAGGCUGCAGGGACCCGCGGGUCGGUACCAACAGCGGGGAGCCACCGAGACAGCAGCACCCGCAGCCGGCGUUACUUCAGGAGCGGAGCCGCAGGCCGCAGGUCCCGGACCCGGGGCGCGGGCUGCAGCAGCCGCCAUGCUAACCGAUUCCAACUGCCAGGCAUCGGCUGAGGCGGGCAACAACACCGGUAACAGCCCCGCUGCCGCCUCGGUGGGCGCUGGCGCGGACGGCAGUAGCAGUGACGGCAGCGGCAGUGGCGGCAGCAGUCCCCCAGCGGUCGGCCCCGUGGUGUGUCUGCCGCGUGUGACCCGGCUGGUUCUGCGCUGCAACACCGCCCGCAGUGAGACCGCCAAGGAGCGGCAGAAGUACAAGGAGCGGCACACGCGCGGACCUGCAGGUGGUCUGCUGCAGCUGCUGGGGCUGCCCCCGGGUCUCAUAGAGGCGCUACAGCAGCACCAACACCCCGAGGGGGGGCAGCAGGGCGGGGGACAGCAGGGGCAGCAGGGGCAGGAGGGGC